GUGAAUCUGGUCCUGAACGAAGGGAAGUCCCUGGGCCUCAUGAUCCGAGGAGGGGCAGAAUAUUCUCUGGGCAUCUACAUCACCGGUGUGGAUAAAGGCUCCGAAGCAGAGAGCACUGGCUUAAAGGUAGGAGACCAGAUCCUAGAGGUGAACGGCAGGAGCUUUCUCAGCAUCCCCCACGACGAGGCGGUGAAGCUGCUCAAGUCUUCCCGCCACCUCAUCAUGACAGUGAAAGACAUCGGGAGGCUGCCCCAUGCCCGCACCACCGUGGAUGAGACCAGAUGGAUAGCAAGCUCCCAGAUUGGAGAGACCCUCGUCAACUCAGCAGGGGCAAUGGGUGAUCAUGCUGCAGAGGCAACAGCCAGGCCUGUGUUUUACCGGGGUCUGGCUGGCUCCCAGGUAACGCUGAGCACCAUGGUGAACCAGACCCGAGUCAUGCUGGAGGAACAGGCACGGCAUCUGCUGAAUGAACAGGAGCGGGCAACCAUGGGGUACUACCUUGAUGAGUAUAAGGAAGGCAACAUCUCCGUGGAUGCUCUGGUCAUGGCGCUUUUCGAGCUACUCAACACACACGCUAAGUUCUCACUGCUUUCAGAGGUGCGGGGUGUGAUCUCCCCGCAAGACCUCGACCGCUUCGACAACCUGGUGCUGAAGAGAGAGAUCGAGUCCAUGAAGGCUCGACAGCCCUCAGGGCCCAGAAUCGGCACCGACUCCUACUCUAUGAUGUCCUACAGCGACACCGUCUCUUCCUCCAGCAGCCACUUCACUGCCACAACCGUCAGCUCAGCUCGGGAGCGGCUCUUGUGGCUAAUAGACCUGAUGGAGAACACGUCAGAAUUGGAGGGAGGUGGAGAUGGCCACCAAAGUAGCAUCAACACCCUGCCGGACAUCUCCCUGGAUGAUCUCUCCUUCCCAGAUGAACCACCCAACUUCAAGCCUCCACCUCCUCCUUCAGCCCCUCAGAUGCUGGACCCCUCUGCUGCCCAGCACAGGAACCCAGGGAAAGACAAGCCCAAGCGCCCUUCCUCUGAGUCCUCUCAGUCAGGCCUCUUCUUCGUGGCCCCCCAAAACCCCACACCCCCUCCUACUGAGAAGUACACAGUCAGCAUGCCCUCCACUGCUACCACAUCCACUGAGGAGUCUGCCCCGAGUGCUAUCUAUGCUACCAUUUCCCCGGCCCUGCACAGCUCCAGGAGGCAAAUGGAUGCCCAGCUCUCCUUGGUCAGCCAGCGCCCCAUCGGUCCCUUCCCCAGGGUCCAGUCCCCAACGAGGUUGAAGAGCCCACCCCCGGAGGGCCCUGCAGCUG